AUGGCUGAAGACGCGCCCUCCUCGUCGAAUGCCCCUUCCCCAGGGGAGAAUCCGCCGACUGUCAACAUCUCGAUCAUCUCCCCUUCGCUCGCUGUCAAUGCUCCAUUGAAUUUCGCCGGCCUCCCGGCCUCUACGACCGUCGGCCAGCUGAAGGAGAAGAUCCGUGAAGCGUUGGAUGCGAAACCGGCCAACGAGCAACAACGUUUGAUCCAUCAGGGCAAGUUGCUGAACCGGGAGAGCGAGACCUUGUUGGACGUUUUUGGAGAGCAAAAGCUUCGCGGCUCGGACCAGGUGGCCAUCCACCUCGUGAUCCGGGACUACGUCGAGCCUCAGCACGCCUCCAGCCAGGGCGCUCCCACCCGUGACCAAAGUCCUGCGCCGAAUCCUCCUGCUCGACAGAGCGCUCCUUCUCUGAUGCAACAAUACCUCAACCAGCUUAACCAGCGACCAGUGGGACACCAUGGUCAGCAACCAAGGGGCUCCGUCGGCUUGCAGGGUUACGUGCGGGAAACUGUCGGGCCGAAUGGUGAAGUCGUUCGCGUCACGAUGAACUCAGCAUUCAUCGCUCCAAAUGGGCAGGUUUUCCCGGUGAAUUUCCAGAACCUACAGCACGGUAAUGGAGGUGCUGCUGCACCGGCCCCCGGGGGCCCGUUUUCGACGAACGACGUGCAAAACAUCAUUCGCAACGCUGAUGCCAGCCAAGCAACAUCCAUGAUGACCAACGCUAUGCAUCGAAGCGCGUCCGGCGCUUCUCUCGCAAACCUGAAUUUGAAUGGCCAACGGCAACCGAUCCAAACUCCUGGGGUCACAGUGCCUAGAAGGCCCGGGUCUACGGUGCCUCUGAGCAGGACCGCCACACCCGAUCCCACGAGGACUACCAGCCACGGUAGCGUCUCGGCGCCUCCAACGAAUUCCGCCCUGAGAAUGCCGACUCCAACGCAGCCUGAGGUGUACAUACUGAGCUCGCCCCAGGGGCCCCGAGCCUUGCUGGUCAACAACCAAUCGGACCUGUACUACACGCCGGCACCACGAUACCCUGUGCCUCCGGUGAUACCCAAUUUCACGUCUGCGUGGCUCCAGCCGCCCCAGCCUCACCAACGCCCAGGUUUCGUUGCCGAUCACGCACAGCAAGCCGCCCACCCGCAACCUGGCGCCGCUCGAGCUGAACAGCAGGCGCCACAGGCUGGUAACGUCAGAGUAAACAUCUUCCAAGGAGGUGCACAGCAGCAAGACCAGCAACAGCAAGCUCAAGCGCGCCCCCUUGCACCAGGCGGCCCACAGUUUCAUCCUGCUAAUCCAGAGGGUGGGCUGGCGGGGGCACUACUCGCCGCGCUUUGGCCGCACCUAUGGCUGUUGAUAAGACUGGGCGUCUUUGUGUGGUGGUUCACGUCUUCCGAUACGAGCUGGACGCGUUGGUUCACUAUCAUGUCUAUCGCCACGGCGGUAUUCCUGAUCAACACGGGUCUCCUGAACGGGGUGGCUAAUAACGUUUUCAACCCCGUACGCCAGCAUCUUGACGGACUCAUCCCUCUCGCCCCCGGUGCGAAUGCGAACCGCGAGGCAGGAGGCAACAACCCGCAAGCGGCGGACCAAGCAGCACCUGGAGGUGGCGGCGACAACGACGGAGAACGACGACCAAGACCUGGACAGCAAGGCGGGCCGGAUCCCGCGCAGGCCGCUGCGCGAUUGAUAGCUCAGCGACAACAGCACAAUGCGAACUGGUUCGUUGAUCAGGUCCGUCGCCUCGAGCGGGCUGGCCUCCUCUUCCUGGCCAGCAUCGCCCCAGGGGUAGCAGAGCGGCACAUUGCGGCAUUGGAAGCCCAGGAACGGGCAGUGGGGGAGCGUAGGGAGGCAGAGGAGCGCGCUGAACGAGAACGCAGAGAGGCAGAGGAGCGCGCGGCCGCGGAGGCGACAGCUUCUGGGACUGAUGGUGCUGCUGCGUCCAGCGAGACACAGAACUCAGACUCUGCGGAGACUGUAGGCGGAGGAAACGAGCAGCAGCAGCAACAGCAGCCGCCCAUCGCUGCGGCCUGA